AAACCAUUUUAUUUAUGAAUGUCAAUGAUUAUAUGCAGUUUUGUUUAUUAUUAUUUUCCAUUCGAAUAUCUUGAAUUAAGCCAAAUCGAUUAUUGUUGUCAUUGUCAUUGUCAUCGUACAUCAGUUACAGCAGCAGAAACAAAGACAACAGCAUCAUCAUUAUUGCAUUGCCCAUUGAGCUGAGUUGUUGAUAUAUUGUUGUCACCCUCCUGAGCCUGUCACACAAUCUGUGUGCACGCACAUAUACAUAUAUAUGUGUGUGUAUGUUUACUGCUGAGCGUAUUGAGAACGAGAACGAACGCGCGAAUCUCCAACAACGCAAUCCUAAAUAACAGUGCGUGUUGCGUGUGCGAUAAACAAGAAGUGAUUCACAGAGUAUUUUUGUUACUGUGUUAUUUUUUUUAUCGUCUUUUUCAUGCGAACAUUUGUGUGUGUGUGUAUGCGAUAUAGCCCGUAGAUAUGCGCGUAUGUAGUUGAGAGUACAAUGGCCUUGAACUACGUAGUUACGAUUAUAAUACGCACUUUUUGAUCACAUUAGCCUAUGUGCUUAGGCCGAACGAAUGGAAGACGAAAAGCGAAAGAAUACGAAUACAUAACGUUGAAUUGCUCUCGUAUUAUUACAGUGUGUGUUUAUGUGUACAUUUUCAAAGAUAUAAUAUUAGUAAAUGCGUGCUCGCGAGGAAAAGAAAUAAAUAAGCACCCGCGUGUAGAUACACACACGCACAUUUCUAUCUAUAUACAUAAUAUAAAUCCCUAAAAAAGGAAUACGAUGGUUUUUAUUUUUCCACUGCACAUCCAUCUCGUUCGCUACGAUUGUGAAUAACACGAAGAAAAUAAAUCGAGCACGAUUUGUGGCUCAAAGGCACAUUUUACGACGCAUUGUAAUGCGAAAACGCAACAGCAAAAUAAAAAGUCAUAUUAUUCGUAUUAUGAACAAAUAAACAAAACAGAUUUGUGCAUGGUAAAGACGAAAACAUUUCACUUUGAAUCAAACAAACACACUUCUUUGUUUAAAUAGAAUAUAGCAAUUCAUCGACAUUUAAUCAAACACUCACUCUCUCUAUAGAUGCCUUACUGACAAAGUAUUUCCUAGAGUGAGAGAAGAGACAGUGAAUGUGUGAGUGGGCAUGUUUCAAGUGUAUGCGUUGUAUAUGAGGCAAGGGUUUGUUUACACAGCUACAUUUUCAAUGUCAGCAUGCACAUUUAAUGUUAUGUGCCAUGGAUGAUGCUCAUCGAAUCGCAUCGAGUGUCGCUGAUUUAUCGCUAUCAAAAAUUCAAUUUUUAUAUAUUUACUAAGACACUGCAAGUGAGUCGAAGUGACACAAAAUUUAGCGAUUCAAUUCAAAGAACCGAUAAUUUAAACAAAAAGUGAACAUUUAGCUGCAUUGUUUGUAUCAAAUAACGUCGAGAUUUAAUUCAAAAAUUAAACAAAUUAUAAAUGCAUCCAGAGCUUUUUAACUGAUCAUGAAAAUAGCGCCGUUUUUAAUAUUUAUGAAGAUGGGAAAAUGCGUGGGCGUGCGAAUGUGAUUUAAAUAUUUAUUCUUCGAACAUUUGGACCAAACGCCAUACAUACUGUGGUUAAAUAUAGUGAAUAUAGCUUCCCUUCCACACUAAACAUUCAAACUAUGAUUAUUGAACUGACAUAUGUGCAAUUUGAAUCAAAUUCGUCCAAUUGAUAAAUUGUGAAAAUAAAAGAAACAUAGAAUUUUGCAGAUAAUAAACCGUGAAAAUAAAAGAAAAAAUUACGAAUUUGUAAAUUGAGCGUGGAACAUAACAGUCGAAAUAAAUUUCAUUACAAAAAAAAAAAACGAAAAAAAUCGAAUCAUGAGUGAAUCACGUUCAUCGCCAGUAUUAUAUUCGGCAGCUGUACAGGAGCAAUCUGUCCAAUUGCCGAUUCUUUCACCACCACCGCAACAGCAACAGCAGCCACCACAGACACAACCGCAGCAGCGUGUUCAUGUCAUCAAAAAGAAUAUUUAUCUAAUGGCUCCAAGCCCGGGGAGCAACAAUGGCAACAGCGGUGGUGGCACCACCAGCCCAAUGAUGAACAAUUUGAAUCGACAGAUAAUAAUGCAGCCGAAAAGUAUCGUGGCCGGUGGUAAUGUGACAACGGUUAGUGGUGGAACAGCGAUUGGAAUCGCUUCACAACAAACAACGACAACAGCAACGGCAGCAGCCGUUGUAGCUUCAGUUGUUCCGAUUACAGAGAAUUCAGAGGAGGUGUCGUAUUUUCCACGUGUUACAAAGAAAUUAACCGUUCAAGGUACAACCACAGCAUCACCGUCCACUUUGGGUGAUACGGUUAAUGUUGUGUUUCGUGCACCAGUCGUGUCAUCCAGUUCAAAUCAAUCAAUGAGACCACCACCGCCGCCGCCUCCAAAAAUUAAAGGACACUCCGAAGAACCAUCCAGCUCUAUUCCAGAUUUAGAAUUUGAUGGAACAACUGUUUUAUGCCGUGUAUGCGGAGAUAAAGCAUCCGGAUUUCAUUAUGGCGUACAUUCAUGUGAAGGCUGCAAGGGAUUUUUCAGACGAUCCAUACAGCAAAAAAUUCAAUAUCGUCCAUGCACGAAAAAUCAACAAUGCAGCAUUUUGCGUAUUAAUCGUAACCGCUGUCAGUAUUGUCGACUGAAGAAAUGUAUUGCAGUCGGAAUGAGCCGAGACGCUGUCAGAUUUGGCCGUGUGCCGAAACGUGAAAAGGCACGUAUAUUGGCUGCUAUGCAGCAAAGCACACAGAAUCGUGGUCAUCAAAGAGCAAUGGCCACCGAAUUAGAUGAUCAACCACGAUUAUUGGCAGCCGUUUUACGUGCACAUAUGGAAACAUGCGAAUUUACACGUGAAAAAGUUGCAUCAAUGCGACAACGAGCACGAGAAUGUCCCAGCUAUUCGUUGCCAACUAUGGCAUGUCCAUUGAAUCCAGCACCAGAACUUCAAUCCGAACAGGAAUUUUCACAGCGUUUCGCUCAUGUGAUUCGUGGUGUUAUCGAUUUUGCCGGUAUGAUUCCCGGCUUCCAAUUGCUCACACAGGAUGAUAAAUUUACAUUGCUUAAAGCCGGCUUAUUUGAUGCAUUGUUUGUGCGUUUAAUUUGCAUGUUUGACACAUCAAUAAACAGUAUAAUUUGCUUGAAUGGUCAAGUAAUGCGACGGAAUUCAAUACAAAAUGGAGCGAAUGCUCGUUUUUUGGUCGAUUCAACAUUCAAUUUUGCUGAACGCAUGAAUGCAAUGAACUUAUCUGAUUCCGAAAUCGGUUUAUUCUGUGCAAUUGUUUUAAUAUCUGCUGAUCGUCCAGGUUUACGUAACAUUGAAUUGGUGGAAAAAAUGCAUUCAAGACUGAAGGGUUGCUUACAAACGGUCAUCUCACAAAAUCGACCAGACGACCCAGAUUUUAUGAUGGAAUUGCUGAAAUUGCUACCCGAUUUGAGAACGCUCAGCACAUUGCACACCGAAAAAUUGGUCGUUUUCCGUACCGAACACAAAGAAAUGUUGCGCCAACAAAUGUGGUCAAUGGAAGAAGAAUCAAGCAAAAGUUCCGGUUUAAGUCCAUGGGGUUGCAACGAUCAAGUUAUUGAAGAAGUCACAAAGAGUCCAAUGGGAUCUGUUUCAAGUACUGAAUCUGGUGACACAGCAUCCGAUUAUUCACAGUCACUAUCACAAUCGGCACCAUUGUUGGCCGCUACUUUGGCCGGUGGUUGCCCAAUGCGAUUACGCGCCAAUUCUGGUUCAUCAGCUGAAGAUGAUAUCGUUGGCACACAUCAUUUAACACAAAAUGGUUUGACAAUAACACCGGUGGUACGUUCAACAACAGCCGGUCAUCACAUUCGCUAUCGCAAAUUGGAUUCACCAACCGAUUCGGGCAUCGAAUCUGGUAAUGAAAAAGCUGAUCACAAAGCGGCCAGCAGUGAAUCAUCAUCAUGCUCGAGUCCACGUUCAUCGGUCGAUGAUAUGAAUGAAGAGAAACGGCCUAUUGCUGAAGAUAUGCCCGUAUUAAAACGUGUACUUCAGGCACCACCACUUUAUGACACAAACUCAUUGAUGGAUGAAGCAUACAAACCGCACAAGAAAUUCCGUGCAUUGAGACAUCGAGAGUAUGAGGCCGAAGCCGAUUCAGUUCAUCAUUCAACACAUAGCCAACAACAGCAAUCGACAACACAACAACAACAGCAACAACAACAGCAGCAGCAACAACAACAACACCAACACCAACAACAAUCACAUUUGAAUGAACCUCCACAAUCGCAAACCAUUAGCGAAAAACCAGCUCUAUCGCCACCACAAACAAAUCCACAUCAAAGUCAAUUACACAUGCAUUUAACAAGGCCAAACAGUCAUCAGCAUAGCUCAAGUGCGCCUACUCAUCAUCAUCAUCAACAACAUCAUCAUCAGUCUUCCUUGUCAAGUACACAUUCAGUGUUGGCCAGAUCAUUGAUGGAAGAGCCAAGAAUGACACCUGAACAAAUGAAACGAAGCGACAUUAUUACAUCCUAUAUUAAACGUGAAUCACAAGUUGAACAACAGCAACGUGUUAGUUCACAAGGUGGACUAUUAGUGUGUGCAUUAUCAUCCGGUUCGAAUUCACAUCGAAGUUCACCAUUGAAUGCAAAUGCAAUGCCACCAAAACAAUGUCCAUACACUGGCGCAUCAACGAAUCGCUGGCAAAACGGUACCACAUUGUCGGUCAUCACAACGACGCGUCACAAUACAGAACCAGCUCCAAUUCGUGAUGAUAUGAUUCAAGAUGGUGUCGAUGUUCGGCUCAAGAAUGAUGUGUCAUCGCCAACAUCAUCGUCACCGCACUCAACCUCAUCAACAUCACCGGCUAUGCCAAAUUCAACCGCAUCAAUGGAUGAAGAAGACAAUCCAAUGCUACGAUCAACCAUGGUAUCGUUGCUACAGCCGUUAAAUCUAUCGAAAAAGUCACCAUCACCUGUGCAGCAUCAACUAUCGUCCUGCUUUUAAACAAUAACAAAGCAAAAGUGCGUAUACACUAAUUUAAUUUUUAACUUAAACUAAACAAAAUUAAAAACUAGAACAGAACAGAAAUCAAUACAGAGAAGAUAGAUGAUUAAUUAAAAAAAAAAAAAAAAACAACUAUAUUGAACACAGUGCAGACACAAACAAAAAUAGUUGGUAUUGUGCAUGAACUUUGGGUGCCGAUGUGAAAUAUUAUAAUUGAAAAAUAUAAAGUAGUAGCUUUCGGACCUGGCACACACACGCACGGUGAGCACAAAUUGAUUUUGUUGUCUCAAUCAAAAAAUGAUUUAAACUAAACAAACAAACAAAAACAUUGUGUACAGACAAACGAUAUGUGAGAAUCAAAGCCGAAGAUGUAAUGGAAAUCACACACACACACAUAUAUACACCACAUAGACACUUUGCGAUAUUGAUUUUAUCGUUACUCAUUAAAAUGGGCUUAAUUUUAUCCAAUGUGCAAAGAAACUAUGGUGCGUAUUUUCUUCUUUUUACCCUGAUAUGAACGAAAAAGAAAACGUAAAAACGAAUGAUUAGUCAAAGAAACCGAAGUGUGUGCAUGUAAGUGCCACAAAGCAUUAAUUUAUGAACAUACACUUUUAAAAUAUUUCGAAAUAUAUAUAUAUGUGUGUGUGUGGACACAUUGAAACGAAACAAUUGAGUGCGUUCGACGCAUAAGAAAGUAGAACAGCAUGAUUGAUAAACAAGUUUAAACUUUAAACUACCUAAAUAAGAGUUAGAAACGACAUUUUUAUUAUUAUGUAUAAAUUAAUGAAAAACUUAGUGAAUAUUUACAAUCUGAACCACAUAGAUGCGCGACGAUUGAGAAUGUGAAAAAUGAAAGAACACACACAUACACACAAAAGAAAUUGAACCUAUUAAGUAAUUACUUUUUUUGAAUUAUUUGAUUAAUAUGAAAGUUACAAACUUAGUGAAAUAAAUUUAAUGGCAAAUGAGUAAAAAAAACAAACACACACAUCUAAUACACAUCAUUUGAAGAUCUCUUCCCAUCAAUUUUACUUUCUGUUUAAGUUUUAACAGAAAAAAAACAAUCGAUUCUUUUUUAUAAGAAGAACAAUGCAUAAAUGAAUGCAAACUUAUGCUGCUGAGCAAAAGAAUAAAAUACACUCACACAAGUGAAAAGUGGAAAAAAGUUGAAUUUUAAUACUUUUCUCUCUCUUUUUUUUAAAUAAAAUAAAAUCAACAAAAAAUUAUUACACAGACAACAAACAUACCUUAUACUUAUUUAAAACAAACGAUUUUCAAUUUUUUUUUUAUUUUCAAAGUUUAUUAGCCAAGGGUCUAUGCCUUGUUUAUUAAUCUAUGAAAAAUGUUAGAUUUUACAUACACAAACCCGAUAGAGAAGAUGGGUUAUCUACGAAGUAACGUAAUUUAAAUUAAAAAAAAAACAACAACAAGUAGGAGCUAAAAAAAGUUAAAAUAUAAAAAGAAAUAAUUAAAAAAAUGAGAAAACAUAAUCACACACUCGUCUAGAUAAACUACCCAAAAUAGUUAUUAUCAUCUUAUUAUGAAUAUAUUAUACUUUUUUGAUUUUAUUGCUAGUGCGUAACGAAACAAAAACAAAAAAAAUACACAGACACACAGAAAUGAAUGAGUACGAUAGAGAAUAAAAAACAGCAUAGUGUUGACAGGGUGAUUUCAUUUUUCUCUCUUUUGCGUGCGUGCACGCGCCUCGAAAGACCUGAAUUGUUUGUUGGUUGACGGUUUUUCUUCUUUAUUCGAUACAAAAACUAGGGAUUCCUCAUUCAUUAUUCUUUUUGUAAAUAAAAAUCAUUUAAACAAAUGAAAAUUAAACAAACACAACACACAUUAUAAACAUUUAUACGUAGCGUUUCUUAAAAGUAUAUCCUAAUCAUUCAAUUCAUAUAUACACAUACACACACACAAACACUCACAUGCAUAACUUUUGUUUUUUCUUUCAUUCAAAUUGUUGCAAACUCAUUUGCAAAAUAAACACAUUUUUCUUUUCAUUUGAAUUCGAUAAUUCAUACGAAGACAAGGACUCUUAAAAAUAAAGUAAAAUAAAUGACGCAGUUCCGAUUAUGUUGUAAAUUCAUCGAAAAUUAUGUUCAAAAACAUUCAGAAUUAAUUAACUAAAAACAAACGGAGAUUCAUUCAUGAUAUGAACAAGCAGUCACAUUCAUCAUUUCGUUUCGAUAAAUUUGUGUAAUAUAGCAAGCUUAAAAAUCAGAACAUUUAUAGAAAAACAACCGACACACAACAAGCAUACGUUUUCGUAGUAGUUUAUCUCUAUGCGUACAUCAAUUAGUUACUGUUUAUUAAGAAAUAUGAUGAAGAGAACGAAACAUGGAUAAUUUAAUUUAAUUUAAAGUGCAUAAUAAAUAUAUAUAUAUUUAAAUAGAGACGGAGAAAGAGACAUUUAAGCAUAUAGGAGAUUUUAUUUGUAUAGUAGAUGCAAUAAAAAGUGACGAAAAUUCCACAAAAAUUUCGAAAUUUGAUGAGAGAUGGAGAGCUAGGUGAAGAGAAAAGAAAUAUAUGAAUCAAACGGAAAUGCAUUUUAUUUAUUGAAAAUAUCAGCAGCAGAAAAGCAACAACAGCAUAAAUCAGCGAAGCUCCAAUUUUGUAUGUAUUAUCAUGUAUAUGUGCAUGAAUGAUUGAAGUGAGAGUGCGUGCGUUGCGUGCCUAUAUAAUUUACAUAGAAAUUAGAUUCUUUUAAAUUUAUUUAAAUCGACAAAAAAAAAGUAUGCGCUUUGCUCGUUGAUGCAAAUUCGCCAUCAUCAAUUUUACAAGACCAAUUUGAAAUGUUCAUCGUUUCGGUUUUUGCCGCUCAUUAAUUUCUUCUUUUUUUUCAUCAAUACAAUAUACCAAAAGUUCACUGAUUUAAACACAUGUUGAGAGUGUCUGUGUGUAUAACAAGUGCUAUUAUUCACUUCAUAUUUUCACCUUUCAAUAAUAUACAACAGAAUGGGAAACAAAAAGAAACCAAAAAAAUACACGGAAACAAAGUUUUUUUUUUCUUUCAGUUGUUUUCUCUAGAUGAUACUAAAUAUGCAUAUAAUCGAAUCAAAACAAUACACACAGAAAAAAAAA